UAUAGUUCAGCACAGCAACAUCAGGGUUGUUUUCUUAAAGCCAUAUUGCUAAAGCACUCAGGGCAGCAUUAAAAGGCAAACAAAUCCUCCAAUGAGAACCCCAGCUGCUCUGUGUAAAUCAGGCUCCAUCUUCUUUGUGCCUGCAUUUGGAGUUGGAAGCAUUAAGCACAGUUUCCCAGCACUGAACCCGUCUUUCCUUCCCAUUUUUAAUUCCAAUGUCAUAUAAUGAACCCAAAGUGGCACAAUAAUCUCUGUAUGUAAGAAAACAGCAAGAUGGAUGACUUAGUGCUGGUAAUUAGCAUUUUCACUGGUCAAUUUGCUUGCAUCUGUAAUUAAGUUUUUGGUCAGAGUUUCAACUUCCAUAAAGAAAUAUGGGGCACAGUGGCACAGCUUAAUGGUUGGGUUUAGUGUCCCUUUAACAGGUACCCUAGGAGUGUAUACCAGUCUCUGACUUGGCUACCUUUAGCAGACCAAAUGGCUGCAUGGUGGAGAUAUCACAAAGGAAUGGGAAGCAUGGAAAAUGUGAGGAGGAAUAACACAUGCCCUGGAGAAAGAAUCUAUGCAAAGUCUACAAUUCAGCAAUACAAAACAGAGAGUAAGGCUAAGGACACACUAGGCGAUUUUGCCGCGAAAAGUCGCCCGCGAUUUUUAAAAAGAAAGUCGCGGCGACAUGGCGAUCGUCAUUUGCUGCAGCGAUUUGAAGGAGCGACAUUUACAGGAAGCGACUGUUAUACCACAAUGCCAUGCGAAACUAGCACGUCAUGUUCACGCAGAAAACGGAAGUCGUUUGUUCGUUCGGCGUGUUGUCUCAGUGGCGUGUUGUCUCUGCCGCGUGUUGUCUCAGCGGCGUGUUGUCUCCUGCUUCAUUAUGGAGGAUGAGCUGGCAGUAUUAUUUAUGCUUAUCUACUUGUAUUAUUUUUUGCUACAGGAAGAAAGAAAAAAAAGAGCAGCUGCUAGAAAGUAUUGGGUACAUCCCAUAACAAGUCAGCGGCUAAAGAAUGGACAGUUUCAUAUUUUAUACAGUGAACUGCGCCGUUAUCCUGAAAAAUUCCAAAAAUUUUUUCGGAUGUCAACAUCUAGCUUUGAUGAGCUGCUGACUAUUUUAACGCCAGGUCUGAGUCAUGACCACACGUUGAUGAGGGAUCCGAUUUCGCCCGAGGAACGACUAUGCUUAACUCUAAGAUUUUUAGCAACUGGGCAGUCAUUUUCCUCUUUAUAUUUCCAGUUUCUUAUUGGUCGAUCCACUAUUUCCAAAAUUGUUAGAGAAACGUGUAUGCUUAUGUGGUCUGAGCUGAGAAGACUUGUGAUGCCAGUCCCAGAUGAAAUUGGUUCAAAAUACUUUAAUUAUAAAAAAUACUUUUCCAUUGUUCUUAUGGCUGUCGUUGACGCAAAUUAUUGCUUUACACUCAUUGAUGUUGGAGCCUAUGGAAGCACUGGCGAUGCUAGUGCUUUCAGGAAUUCUUCAUUCGGACGCCGACUCUCAGAAGGGGCACUUCAACUACCUCCUCCGAAACCAUUGCCUGGGACUGCUGGACCUUGUAUGCCUUAUGUCUUUGUGGGUGAUGAGGCAUUUGGCCUUACGGAAAAUAUAAUGCGGCCAUACCCAGGGUCACAAAGGGCCAUUCAGAAAAGAGUUUUCAAUUACAGAUUAUCAAGAGCAAGGCGUAUGGUGGAAUGUGCUUUUGGUAUUCUGUCCAACAAAUGGCGGGUAUUCCAUACUGCUAUACAACUGGAACCUGAUUUUGUGGACAAUGUGAUAAAAGCCGGUUGUGUUUUACAUAACUUUGUGCGGCUUCGGGAUGGCUACAAUUACCAAGACACCCUAACAGAUGAUAUACCAGACAUUGAUUGGGCCCCUGUUAGAGGUCCUACAGGAGGAAUGAGGGUGCGAGAUCAUUUGGCAAAUUAUUUUAUGUCUCCUGAUGGCUCAGUACCGUGGCAGUUAAACCGCAUGUAG